CUUUGGAAUCUAUAGAUAGAGGUGAAACAUUCCAAGGUAAAUAAAUACAUCGUGUACUUUGUCUACUCUACCCCAGGGCUAUGGAGUCUAGAGACCUGAAUGCUGCCAUUAUAUCACCAAGACCAAGGCUGAUGACUGGCGCCCCACUGGUUUCAAGGUUAUUUCCCUGUGUAGCACAGCUUCUCUCUCUGCUUGAUCCAAAACUUUUACACAUGAAGCGUUCUGCGUUCCAUAGCUCUAACUGCCGUCUGCUAUUCCUUCAUUCUGUGUAAUUCCAGACUAUAUAUCAUUAGCCAUUUGGAGCAAGGGCAUCAAAGAUGAGAGUGACCUUAUCAGCUUUGGAUACUUAUGAGGGUUCUUUCACGCCUUUGGUGGUCAUAGAACUUGCUCAGGAUGUCAAAGAGGAAACCAAGGAAUGGCUGAAAAACAGAAUUAUCACUAAAAAGAAAGAUGGAGGUGCCCAGCUGUUGUUUAGACCGUUGCUAAAUAAAUAUGAGAAAGAAACGGUGGAAAAUCAGAACCUGUAUCUUGUUGGCGCCUCCAAUAUUAGGUUGUUACUGGGGGCAGAAGCCGUGGGGCUGGUGAAGGAGUGUCAUGAUAACGCCAUGAGGGCCUUCACCUAUGGGACCCGACACAACUUCAAAGGCUUUGAUGAUAACAAUGAUGAUUUUCUCACCAUGGCAGAAAGUCAAUUCAUUAUCAAACAUGAACUUGAAAAUCUUAGAGCCAGAGAUGAAAAAAUGAUCCCUGGUUACCCCCAGGCAAAGUUAUACCCAGGAAAAUCAUUAUUGAGGAGACUGCUCACGUCUGGCAUCGUGGUCCAGGUGUUCCCGCUGCAUGACAACGAAGCCCUGAAGAAGCUCGAGGACACCUGGUACACUCGGUUUAAUUUCAAGUGUCAGCCCAUAGACAGUAUUCGUGGCUACUUUGGGGAGACGAUUGCUCUGUACUUUGGAUUUUUGGAGUAUUUUACUUUUGCCUUGAUCCCCAUGGCAGUCAUCGGGCUGCCUUAUUACUUGUUUGUGUGGGAGGAUUAUGACAAGUACGUGGUCUUUGCCUCGUUCAACCUGAUCUGGUCCACGGUGAUCCUGGAAGUGUGGAAGCGUGGCUGUGCCAGCAUGACCUACAGGUGGGGGACCCUGGUCAUGAAGAGGCAGUUCGAGGAGCCCCGGCCAGGAUUCCACGGCGUCCUGGGCAUCAACUCCAUCACGGGCAGGGAGGAGCCCCUCUACCCCAGCUACAAGCGACAGCUGCGCAUUUACCUGGUCUCCCUGCCCUUCGUGUGCCUCUGCCUCUAUUUCUCUCUGUAUGUCAUGAUGAUUUACUUCGACAUGGAGGCCUGGGCCUUGGAUCUCCACGAGAACAGCGGGUCUGAGUGGACCAGCAUCCUGUUGUAUGUGCCCAGCAUCAUCUAUGCCAUCGUGAUUGAGAUCAUGAACCGCCUCUAUCGAUACGCGGCGGAGUUCUUAACCUCCUGGGAGAAUCACAGAUUGGAAUCUGCCUACCAGAAUCAUCUAAUUUUGAAAGUGUUAGUGUUCAACUUCCUGAAUUGCUUUGCCUCGCUCUUCUACAUUGCCUUUGUCCUGAGGGAUAUGAAGCUCUUGCGCCAGAGCCUGGCCACGCUCCUGAUUAUGUCCCAGAUCCUUAACCAGGUGAUGGAGUCUCUCCUUCCCUACUGGCUCCAGAGGAAGCACCACGUGCGGGUGAAAAAGAGGGUGCAGGCUCUGAAGGCCGACAUUGAUGCUACGCUCUAUGAACAGGUCAUCCUGGAAAAAGAAAUGGGAACUUAUUUGGGCACCUUUGACGACUACCUGGAGCUGCUGCUGCAGUUUGGAUACGUGAGCCUUUUCUCCUGUGUUUACCCACUAGCAGCGGCCUUUGCUGUGCUAAAUAACUUCACUGAAGUUAACUCAGAUGCCUUAAAAAUGUGCAGAGUCUUCAAACGUCCGUUCUCAGAGCCUUCAGCCAGUAUUGGUGUGUGGCAGUUGGCUUUUGAAACAAUGAGUGUCAUAUCUGUGGUCACUAACUGUGCCCUGAUCGGAAUGUCACCGCAAGUGAAUGCACUGUUCCCGGAGUCCAAAGCGGACCUCAUUUUGAUUGUAGUAGCAGUGGAGCACGCUCUCCUGGCACUGAAGUUCAUCCUUGCCUUUGCCAUCCCUGAUAAACCACGGCACAUCCAGACGAAACUGGCCAGGUUGGAAUUUGAGUCCUUGGAGGCACUGAAGCAGCAGCAGAUGAAGCUUGUGGCCGAGAACCUGAAGGAAGAAGGGAAGGGGAUGGCGACCUGAGUGCAGGCAGAGGGGCACCAGGAGUGGGUCACAGCAUCGCGGCUUCAAACCCAGACCCAAGGCUCAGCCAAAUGAAGCAGCUGCCCCGUGGCAGGCACCCACCUCCUCCCUCUGCAGCGUCUCAGCUCAGGGAGGGAAGAGGGCGACCAGGACCCCCUCCUGGCAACUCCCCACUCUGUCCCCCUGGUUUCUGCCCAAGCCCCACACUCCACUCCACUCCACUCCACUCCACUCCACUCCACUCCACUCCACAUGCCUGACCUCCCUCCAGAGCCACUGCUGCCCUGAGUGGCUCGUGGGUAUGGGCCACCAGCUCUCCAUGGUGCCCCUCAUGGUGACAGUCACCCCACCCCACCAGCACCCCCGGAUCCGUGGGGUAGGGUGGCGGGCGGGGUGAAAGCCAUUCUGAAGGGGGCUUCUGCCAGCCUCAGUUUAGAGUGAGGGGUGCACAAGAGGCAGUUCUCCAGAACCCGACAACUUACCUCUUCCCGGUUCUACUUGGCAACAAGUUAAGACACGUUAUCAGCCAAAGCAAUAGAAACUGAGCUAUUAAAGGCACCAUGUACCUCUCCAA